GCCGCCGCCGCCGAUUCCCCGCCCCCUCCGCCUGUCAAGAUGCGUUCGGCUUCGUCUCCUGACGUAGCGGACCCGGCCUCGGCGUGACGAGGACGAGCUGGCUUGGUCAUGGCCCAGCCCGGGGAGACCCCGGCUUCGGAGUCGACAGAGGCUCUUCUUCAACGAGUAGCUGAACUAGAGAAAGUCAAUGCUGAAUUUCUACGUACAAAACAGCAUCUCGAGCAAGAAUUUAAUCAAAAGAGAGCCAAGUUUAAAGAACUGUAUCUGGCUAAAGAAGAGGAUCUGAAAAGGCAAAAUGCAGAAUUGCAGGCAGCACACGAUGAUCUGGAGAAAUUACAAAAGCAGCUCAUGGAAGCACAGGCUGAAAUGGAGAACAUCAAAGCCAUUGCUACAGUGUCUGAAAAUACUAAACAGGAAGCUAUUGAUGACGUAAAGAAGCAAUGGCAGGAAGAUGUUGCCUCUCUGCAGGCUAUAAUGAAAGAAACUGUCCGUGAAUAUGAAGGCCAGUUUCAUCACAGGCUGGAACAAGAGCGAUCUCAAUGGAAUCAGUAUCGAGAGAAUGUCGAAAGGGAAAUAGCAGAGCUGAGAAGGCGACUUUCAGAAGGUCAAGAAGAGGAAAACUUGGAGAAUGAAAUGAAGAAGGCUCAAGAAGAUGCAGAAAAACUUCGUUCGGUUGUGAUGCCCAUGGAGAAGGAGAUUGCAACUUUAAAGGAUAAACUGACUGAGGCUGAAGAAAGAAUAAAAGAGCUGGAAGCUUCAAAGGUUAAAGAACUGAAUCACUACUUGGAAACUGAGAAAUCCUGUAGGACAGAUCUAGAAAUGUACGUGGCUGUUUUGAAUACUCAAAAAUCAGUUCUGCAAGAAGACGCAGAAAAAUUACGGAAAGAACUUCAUGAAGUAUGCCAUCUACUAGAGCAGGAAAGGCAACAGCAUAAUCAGCUCAAGCACACAUGGCAGAAGGCCAAUGACCAGUUCUUGGAGUCACAGCGUUUAUUGAUGAGGGACAUGCAGUGGAUGGAGAUGGUGCUGACCUCAGAACAGCUACGGCAAGUUGAAGAACUAAAGAAAAAAGACCAGGAGGACGAAGAGCAAAGAAGACUUCAUAAAAGGAAAGGAAAGAAGGAGAAAGGCACUGACGAUGAAUCAAAUGUACCGGUAAUAUGUUCUACAGUUCAUGAAGAAGCGCUUCCAUCAUUCCCUGGUGAAGAGGUGCACAUCAACAGCACUCAUGGUUCAGCCCACUCGCUUGACACAGAUGCGUUGCUGUCUUCAGGAGAAUCUCUCAAGUCAGACAGUGACAUGUUUAAAGAGGGACUGCGUAGAGCUCAGUCAACAGACAGUUUGGGAACAUCGGGAUCUUUACAAGCCAAAAGUCUGGGCUACAACAACAAAGCCAAAUCAGCUGGGAAUCUUGAUGAAUCUGACUUUGGGCCAUUGGUUGGGGCAGACUCUAUAUCAGAGAACUUUGACACUGCCUCCCUGGGCUCUCUGCAAAUGCCUGGUGGGUUUAUGCUAACCAAAGACCAGGAAAAAGCAAUCACAGCAAUGACACCAGAGCAGGAGGAAACAGCAUCCCUUCUCUCCAGCAUCACACAGAGUGUAGAAAAUGCUUAUGUGUCUCCUAAUGGUUACCGUUUAGUUAGUGAAACAGAAUGGAAUCUGCUUCAGAAAGAGGUGCAAAAUGCUGGGAACAAGCUGGGAAGGCGCUGUGAUAUGUGUUCAAAUUAUGAAAAACAGUUGCAAGGUAUCCAGAUUCAAGAGGCUGAAACAAGGGAUCAGGUGAAAAAACUUCAGAUGAUGUUGAGGCAGGCCAACGAUCAGCUAGAAAAAGCAAUACAAGAGAAACAGGAGCUGGAGGAAUUUAUGAAACAAAGUAGUGAAGACUCAGUAAAUCAGAUCUCAUCACUUACUGCUAGAGUUCAGGAAUCUGAUGCCUUACUUAGUGAAUUACAGCAGGCAUUUUGUCAAGCUAAAAGAAAUGUCCAAGAUCAAAUGGCUGUCCUGAUGCAGUCACGAGAGCUUGUUUCAGAGGAAUUGGAGAGGCUCCAGAAAGACAACGAAAGCCUUCAAGGGAAACAUUGUCUGCAUGUGUCUUUACAACAAGCUGAGGAUUUUAUCCUUCCAGAAACUGGAGAGGAACUCCGCGAACUGGUCCUCAAGUAUCGUGAAGACAUUAUUAGUGUACGAACUGCGGCCGAUCAUCUGGAAGAAAAACUGAAGGCAGAAAUUUUGUUUUUAAAAGAACAGAUUCAAGCUGAACAAUGUUUAAAAGAGAACAUAGAAGAGACUCUGCAGCUAGAAAUAGAGAAUUGCAAAGAGGAAAUAGCUGCUGCAUCCAGUCUAAAAACAGAAUUGGAGCAAAUAAGAGUUGAUAAAGGGCAGGUAACCUAUCUAAAGACUUUGGGAAAUGUUCUGGGUGCCAUGGCAAAUACCUUCCACCCCUUGAUGUUCUUUUUUUCUCCCCUGUAUUCUUUGGAUUACAUGGAUCUCCUUUCAAAGGUCUUCGUGUCUGUCUCAAAGAUAGAGUAAAUCCUUAUCUAGUAGUGCAGUUACUUCAAAUUCUUGAAUGUGGAGAAAAUGCUGUAUAUCUUCCUAGUUAUAUUGUUUUUUUCUGGGCAUAAAGAAGGAAUGGUAACGGAGGGGCUACAAGGAAGGAAAUAAGUUUUGAAAGCAUUUAGAUGAGACCAUUUAGAUAGUGGUCCUUCAUGCUUGUCCUUCUCUUUUCAUGAUAAAGUAUCUGCCUAAAAUUGAGGCUCAUAUUCAAGGCCACAAGCUACUUCGAACAAAUGUUAGUAAGAAACAUGUCAAAGGACUAAUCAAUGCUAUUCUCUUUAUGUACACCUGGCAUAAAACUGCUCUGUAUAUAUCCUAACAUCACACUCUCAAAACAAGUAGUCAGAAAACAGAUGGU